AUGCAAAUCGUGUCGCAGUUACCCGCUAAAUCACUCGGGCAAGCCACUGACGUGACUGCUCAGGGCCCAUCCCCGCCGGCUCCCGGAUCCGGCCACGUGGCCCCUCCACGUGGGCGCGCAUCGUUGGAGGUGCACAAGUGUCAGGCGAUUGAUUGGCGGCCGUCGGCGGUAACGGCGCUAGCGGCUAGUUGCGACAGUGCGGUAGUGGCUGCGGCGAGGGAGAACGGGGAUAUCGAGAUCUGGCGAGUCGCGGCUGGCGCCGUCGGAUGGGCUUGCGAACUGCGCAUCCCCGGCCGUCGCGACGCCGCCAUUUCGUCGCUCGUGUGGUGCUCCCCGCCUUCGUACCUGCCGUCGCCUGCGGCCGGCACGCUGCCGACGGGGCUGGCGGCGCGCGGGCGGCUGUUCUCCGCGAGUCUGGACGGCACGAUCACGGAGUGGAACCUCGCCUCUCUCGCGCCGCAGGUGGGUGGGUCGGUCAGUCGUCUAACCGUCUUACGCGCUAGGCUCUAG